CUGCUGCUUUACGGCUGCCUCUCCCAGACUGGAGCCCGGGAGCGCCCACCGCCGUCAGCCCUGUCUCUACGAGUCGGCCCGGCGGAGAUUGAGAGACCCGGCGCGCCGCUGCCCUCCCCGCCGCGCCCGUUCCGGCCCUCGGCGAUGUGAGCUCGAGGAGGCUGCGGUGCCCCCCGGCCCGGGGUUGAGACGGGCGGCAGGUGCCUGUGAGGCGGGCGGGUGCUGGGGGCCUGCAGGAUGGAGGAAAGUAUGGAAGAGGAGGAGGGGAGCAGCUACGAGGCGAUGAUGGACGACCAGAACCACAACAACUGGGAGGCCGCCGUGGACGGCUUCCGGCAGCCCCCCCCACCCCCUCCGCCCCCCUCUUCGAUCCCAGCCCCUGCCCGAGAGCCUCCGGGGGGUCAGCUGCUGGCGAUGCCUGCGGUCUCCGUGGACAGGAAAGGCCCCAAGGAGGGGCUCCCGAUGGGGCCGCCGCCACCGCCGGAGCCGAAUGGGGUGAUCAUGAUGUUGAAGAGCUGCGACGCGGCUGCCGCCGUGGCCAAGGCGGCCCCCGCCGCCACCCCCACCUCCAGCAUCAACAUCAACACCUCCACCUCCAAGUUCUUAAUGAAUGUUAUAACUAUUGAAGAUUAUAAGAGCACAUACUGGCCAAAAUUGGAUGGUGCCAUAGAUCAGCUUUUAACUCAGAGUCCUGGUGACUAUAUCCCCAUAUCCUAUGAACAGAUAUACAGUUGUGUGUAUAAAUGUGUAUGCCAGCAGCACUCGGAACAGAUGUAUAGUGAUCUGAUUAAAAAGAUAACUAAUCACUUAGAAAGAGUCUCAAAGGAGCUGCAGGCCAGCCCUCCAGAUCUCUAUAUUGAAAGAUUUAAUAUAGCUCUUGGACAGUAUAUGGGAGCAUUGCAGAGCAUUGUGCCUCUUUUCAUAUAUAUGAAUAAGUUUUACAUCGAAACCAAGCUUAACAGAGACUUAAAAGAUGACCUUAUUAAGCUGUUUACGGAACAUGUUGCAGAAAAGCACAUUUACAGCCUAAUGCCUUUACUUUUAGAAGCCCAGUCAACACCAUUUCAGGUCACACCUUCAACUAUGGCAAAUAUUGUGAAAGGCCUGUACACUCUCAGACCAGAGGUGACCAGUCCCGGAAGAGAGCUGGGGAUGAGUUGGCUUAUAACAGCUCAUCAGCAUGUGCAAGUUCCAGAGGGUACAGAUAGUGAAUGUAUUGAAUGUACUUUCCUUCCUGAAAAGAGGACACACUGGAGCUGCAGAGACUGUAUUCAGAGCACAGCGGGGUCCUGCAGACACUCAGGAGCUCUGUCACCAAGCUGUUCUUGGAAGAGGAUGUUGGAGUUCUUACCUUGGUUUGUAAUUUUAAAAAACAAAAAACUAACAAACAAAAACAAAACAGUUGCUGCUAGACUUGGGGAUGAUUUUGAAAUGGGACAAUCUUCUAAUGACUUUAUCUACAGAUUCCGUGAGGAACAAGCGUCAUGAAGAGUGACCCUUGCUAAGUGAGAUCCAACAGCCAAAGUCAGCAGCUUCCUCCAAAAAUAUAAGAGCAGAAGAAUCUUUUUUAUUUUUAUUUUUAAAGCACUUGUUUUGUUCAUUUGCGGACUUGGCACUUUGGCAUAUUGGUUUCACACAGCAAGAUAUCUUUUGCUUUAAAAUCAAGCAGAUCAUUACAAUACAGUAUUUUUCACCCCUAACCAAAACAAACCCCUUUAAAAGAGUUGGUCUUUGUUUAGCAUUAGAAAGUCUUCUUACAGGAAGAUGCUAACUCUGCUUCCAGUGUAACUUCUCCCCCCACCCCCCGCCCGCACCAUCAGUUCACAACUCUUUUCUACUCUGUGCCUUGAGCUUUGUGCACUUUGCAGCUCUGUGACCAAGUUGUCAAACUCACAAAUGCUUCCUGAAAAAGUUGAUGGUAUUACAGACUAACUUGCCAAGAUGUCAGGUGUGACUUCAUAGCAGGAUGCUAAAUAAGUGGGAAAAUAGAAACAUGUUGCACGUUGGUCAGAUUUCCUCCUGCCUCACCGUGGCUUGUUCAUGUUAAUGUUGGGGACCAAGUCUCGUAGACCAUUUCCAUUCCCUCCGUCACUUAACAUGCUCUCAGCGGCUGCUGGAGUGUUGGCAUUACGCUAGUUUAGGGCUGGCCGGUACUUUAGCACUAACGCUCCCUUUUUAAUAUUGUUGAGAAUUACCCAGUGGUAAAAGCUGAUUCCUGUGAUGCUCUAGGAAGCAGAUAUGGUAAUUAAAUUCAAACAUAGUCAAUGGUGUGGGAUUCCUGAUUGAUUUCAUUUUUAUGGGUGAGAUAAGUACUUAAAAAAAGUUUGCAGUCUGCAUCUUUUAAAACAUCAUAUUCGAGUAUAAUAGAGAAAAAGUAGCACUGCUGUUUUAAGGCCCCCUUCCCCUGUGGCCAAGCUAUAUUUUCUGUUUCCAUACACCCACAGUGCUACUUAGUUCCUUGUAAAAGACUCUGAAGCUUAUUCUAAGUUGUUUUUGAAAGGCAGAGUAAAAUAGAAAGAUGCGGUAAGGGAAAAACAUUUUUCUUCUCAGUUUUGCUUAAAUCUAAAUUGAGCAUGUGCUUGACUCUCUUUGGCUGUGUCAGCUAUGUUAGACUAAUAUUUACCUCUUCAGAGGACUAGGGGCAAAAAAAGAAGACACAUCAGGGGUACCGACCAUCACGCUUCUGAUUUGCAGGUUGUUCAUAGAGUUGUCUCUGCCAAUUCACUUGGUCCUUUUUUGGGGGAGCAGGCUGGGGGGCGAGUUUGAAGUGUUAGGAGCAAGUCAGUCAUGUUAUAGAAGAAGUCCUUUGUAACGUGAGUAUUCAGAGAAGUAAAAGUAAGGUCAUCAGAUUUAUUUUUUUAAGUACUUAUCAACCAGGGUUGGUGGAUUUUGAGGAGGACUUUGAAUUGGGCUCAUUUCACUCUGUGAGCAUCUUGGGUUAUAUUGAGAAACACUGAAUUACUGUAAGAAUAUAUACAGGCUCUCACUGUGCCCUGUACAGUUUGACUUGCUACACCAGUAACAUUCUGAUAUCAAGGAAGAAUUCAAUUUUAUCAAGAAGUUCAAUUUUACUUAAUGGAAUGCUUGCUGCAGGCUUAUAAAUAACACCUGCAACUGAACUCUUGAGCAGUUUUAAUAAUGUUUCUGAAAGGAAUGAAAUUGGAAUGUUUCUUUAAAUGUGGGUGAAUUCUUCAGUAUCCUAGUAAUAUACCCAAAUGCUUUUUCUGGGAAGGGAGUAUUCUUUGGCCAACAACGGAACUUUCCCUCUAAAAGCAUUGUAUUAGGAUGUGGAUAGGCAUUAAAAUUUUUGGAUACUUUUUGCAUUAUUAAGUUAAUGGAGAGAUAUUUUAUAUUGUCUUCUUUUUAUUAUUACGUAUGUGUUAACAAAGUGGGCAGAGUAAAGUUUGCAGAAGUUAGUUUCUCUGUACAUUUUUGCACAGUGGCUGCAGCUUGCUGUGGGUGAGGGCUUAGUGGCACAAAGCUGUGAUUGGAAGGCACUGUAGAAAGAAUAUACACAUUCUCCCAGUGCAUUCGACCUGCUUCUUACUCAUUUUGGCCCCUUGAGGUACAUUGCAGUAUGAAGAAACUAUUCCUUUAAAUCGUUGUUGACCUUGCUUAUUAAAUUGGGAUUCUUAACAAAAUUCUUAGUUUGCAACAUGAGGGGAAUAAGAUUUGCCUCCAUUUUGUAUUGACUAAGCACUGUUUGCCUAAAAGUAUUUUCUUCUCGUGUUUACUUGUAUUCUUCUUGCCAGUCCAGUAUGUAGUUUCUGCACUCCAGUUAAACACUGGCUUUUUGUGGGGUCCAAACCAUCGAAGGCAGAACAUUGUAAAGCAGGUUGAUUGUCUCAUGAGUCAACACAUGCAGUUGGUUUGGCCAUACUGACUAGAGUGUGUGUGCAGCCUGAAACCAGACCCUCCAAAGAAAGCCAGUUCACUCACCUUGGAAUGAUGACACGUAACGUCAGUAGAUGAUUGUCGUUUUGAGAGACGGUGCUUAUUUUCAAGGUUGGCCUUAAGCUUCAGUAACAGUGUCAUCUCAUAUCCUCUGUUGUCACAGCUGCACCCUAACCCGACUGCUUUGUUUUCUGUGGGGCAGAGAGCAAAACCUGGUGUCGUGAUUCUUAAUCUACUAGUUCUUAGGUAGAGUUAGUGAGAAGAAACAAAAACCUGGGUGCAUGAGUUGUGCAUUAUUAAAUUUUGUGGAAAAGUUACUUUUUUUUCCUGUCCCUUUUGCAAGUUUGAGGAGGUUCCCCUCCCUUUCUUUGGGGGCAUGGGAUGAAAGCCAAUUUGUGAGUAAGUGAGAUUGUGGAAGACUGGAUGCCCAGUGGUUGUGAACACCGCACGUGCAUCUCCAGCACUACAGCCCCAUAAAGCUGUCACUCCCCGUGCUACAUGCCGUGCUUUCUGUCAGGUUGCAAAUUUGCACACAUAAAGAAUUCCUCAGGAAGAGUUUGCACAUGCAUCACCUCGCAAUAUUCUGUACUGACCGAACAAGGGAUUUGAAAGUUUUUCAGCACAAAAGGAGAACUUCAGAGUGGUGGUCUGUGCCCAUGUACUAGCAAAGGUAACGGUGAUCUGACAAACACGAUUGGUUUCUGGAGUUAAAAAGUGAACAGGAGCACUUGUAUCAUAGUAUUUAAAUAAGCCUGUUUAAUCUCCCAGGGUAACCCUUCCAGAUUUUGUCAUCUUCUCAUUGAGACUAGCUCUAUUUUCUUCUAUGUUUCUUCUGUUUUAUUGCAGUUUAUUAUUUCCAUGAUUAUUAUGCAAGAGGCAUUGCCCUUGAGCUAAAAUUCAGUUGUCUAAUAAAGCAGCUAUUAUUAGAUAACAUUGUUUUAUGAAUAUACACUAAUCUGAGAUAUUAAAAAAACUUUACAAUUAAAAAGCAAAACAGAACCCCUACAUGAGCUAUCCAGUCAUUGUUUCGAUGUUUUGGGUUUCUUUCUUUUUCUUUUUCUUUUUUUUUUUUUUUUUUUUUUAUGGUGUCUCUUUGAGCUUCAGAGUAUUAUGUUUACUUUAAACCAGGUUUAGGCCUCUUAAGGGGACUUGAAAAUUUAAGAUCAGAGUAUGAAUCCCUUGACUGACACCUAGAAGAGGUUUAUAAGGACCUUUUUGGUUGUGAUUACUGUUUUCAAUAAGAUUGCAUAAGUUGAAGCUCAUGUUUAUCAGAAGUUAAAAUAGAGGUCAUAGGAGUUUGUGGAGAAAUGGCUUUCCUAUUAUUUUCAUUACCUUGUUGAAAUUUGCCCCAGUUUCUGGCCACCAAGAUAUAUGAAAGGACCCUUGUUCUUUCCAAAAGAAAUGAUUCCUCUUCUGUCCCCACUGUUUAUUAACUAAGUCAUUGACACUUUGCCACCUCCACUGGCCAAGACCCUAUUUUGAACCUCUUUCCAGAGCCAAGUGGCACAAGUACAUAUACUGUUUCUACUUAUGUUGGUGGAGUGGCUGUGGGAGAAUUAAAGAAAAUGCUAAUCAGAGGUACAUUCUUCUAGGACCCUAGUAUAUAUUGUACCCCUGCUGAUUGGAAGUUAUCUUCAUUUCUGGUUGGAUUGCAUUGUUUAGAAAUGCAAUGUUAAUGGCUUACAAUUCUGGGAAAUUUAUGGUGUGGCUCUGGGGUGAAUUCUGUGGUUUGAAAAAAAAAUAAAUAUUUUGUAUUGAUUCUCACAUGUCAUUUCAAUGUUGUGACUAUGUACUAAAUGCAGUAAGACUGGAUAUUCUCUUAGAAGGGUAUGUUUUGUUAAACAGAUGGCAAUUGAAUUGCUCUCAUUAGUCCUGUUUGUCAAUGUUACAGCCAUGCAAUUCAGACGUGAUGUUGUGGGGAGCUGUGGCUGGAGACAGGAAUGCUUAAGAAUAAACGGGAGGCCAAAUGCAGACAAGAGGCUUUUGCCACCCACCAGCGUAGCCAGAGCAAGGAUGAAGCAAUGAAGUCUAGUCCCUGGUGGUCCUUGUUUGUUGGAAAGCAUAGUGGAGCUUAGAACAGGGUGUUCUGUACGUCAACUCUUUUAUUAAUCCAAGAAAAACAAAAUGGUGGAUGAAACUCUUAUUGACCGGGGAUUCAAAGCCACUGACUUUGGCUCUGACCUUUAACUCUUGAUGGAUUUUGAAUCACUCCUUCUGUAUUAGGGUGCAUACCAUCACUCUAAAACAUUGUGGUUAAUGAAAUAAAUCUUGUACAGAUGUCCUUGGCCUUGUUAUGUUGAUACCUGGUUUAUUAGAACUUUAUUUUAAUAUAGAAUAUAUGGUUUUGCUUACAGUACAUUCAUGAUGCCUCAUAAAUGAUAGCGACACUCAGUAUUCUACCACGGUCAGUUAGCCCUCAGGAUGAGUGUCCAUCUUCACCUCUGUACCAGUGAUUAAAAAAAACUCUGUGUGUGUGUGUGUGUGUGUGUGUGUGUGGUGAUGAUGAUGAUCAAU